AUGAGCACCGAUCUGUCAAAUAUUGAUCACGACGGCCACGAAAAGCGUGUGUCAGCUAAAGAUAGCCGGCCUGGAGAUAUAAAUAUCGAAGACUUGGUAAAAUCGACCGGAGACCGCAACCGAUCUUUAUUCGAGCCACAGCAGAAUUCUCAUAACCUAGAUCUACAGGACCUAUUGAGGAAGCUGCAAGUGGCUGAAGAACCUUCAGCCAACAGUGCCAUCCAAGGACUAGCAGAAACCAGUAGGAGAAUCUUCGAGCGGCAAUCUGGUCUAGAAGACUCACAAAUAGUGCUGAAUAAAACGAGAAUUUUGAGAUGGAGUCAUUGGAUGGCCACAGCUCCAGAGUUUAGAGCAAUUUUGACGUGCUAUUCUGAAGCUACCGGCCAUGGGGAUACACUUUCGUUUCAGGAAGACGACUUCAAAAGCAUGAUAAUCCAUAUUGGAACAUUGCUCAGUAAAUGCAAAAGUGUAGCUACCAGUAUCAAGCUCGAACGACCGAUCAGAGGUCCUUCAAAUCCUGCAUUUGGUCUUAUUCUUCCUCCUCGCGAGGUGUCCGACCGUAUGGUCAACUUAUACUUUUGUUCCUUCGAAUCAACAACUCGGAUUUUACACGUACCCACAUUCUGGGCCGAGUACCGGAAAUACUGGGACCAGCAAGAUGCUGUUGCACCUGAUGUCCGCUUAAUGAUAUUUCUGGUCGUUGGAAUAGGUUCAAGUUUGAGCGAGUGGGAUACUGACUUCCGUGAGCUCGUUCGUCAAUGGGUAUACGACGCUGAAGCGUGGCUUUCCGGGCCACUCCAUAAGAAUCGCCUAAGCAUUACAGGUUUACAAAUAUACUGCCUGUCUAUUUUAGCGAGACAAAUAUUCUCUAUUGGAGGAGAUCUAGUAUGGAUGUCCAUUGGAUCUCUUGUUCAUCGAGCUAUGCAAAUCGGCCUUCACCGCGACCCUCAUCACCUUCCAAGAAUGUCCCAUCUGCAAGCUGAGCUGCGGAGGAGAUUAUGGGCAACCAUUAUUGAAAUGAGUAUACAGUCCUCAAUGGACUCAGCUAUGCCUCCCAGGAUAUCCCUUGACGAGUUCGACACCACAGCACCUUCCAAUUUUGACGAUGAUCAAAUACAUGAUACGACAAGCACGAUAGACCCUCAGCCGUUAAAUCACUACACCAUGACAUCGUUACAGAUCGCUUUAUGUCGAUCAAUGGCGACCCGGCUGCAAAUCGCCCAAGUUUUAACCAAUUUGCGCUCUGAGCUUUCCUAUGUUGGUGUUCUUAGCUUGAGCUCGAAGAUGUCUGAUCAUUACCGGGUAUCUGGGGCAUUUACGGAUGCCAAUAAGACCGUCAUGACGUCUUUUCACCGCAAUCUGUUGAACUAUACCCUACGUCGAUCUACUAUCCCUUUACAUUGUUCUUUUGCCCUUCAAGCGCGAGUCAAUCCGUUAUAUCACUACUCCUUGAAGUCUUGUCUGGAUGCUACCAUGCUCAUUCUUUCUCCUGAGCCGGAUGACUGCUUCGCUUGUCUGAUGUCUACUGGCGGCGGUCUAUUUAGGGAGGUCAUAAGGGAAGCUGGAUCUAUCAUCAGUCUCGAGCUGCUUGCACAAACAAAUGCACAACAACUGGAUGGGACGCUGCAUAGCGCUUCAAAAUAUAGAGAUGGCCUCAAAGUUAACCUGAAAGACAUGAUUCAAUUAUCAUUACGACGUAUACAAGAAGGCGAGACCAACAUGAAGAGUCACACAUUUCUCAGCAUGAUUCUCGCUCAAGUUGAAGCGAUAGAAAAUGAUACCUCCUGUGAGUUGAGUAUCGCGCGUAGUGCUCAGGUCAGUCUUGAAUUAUGUCUCAAAAUUCUGCAAUCACAGCUUGAUCAAAAUUCUUUUACUUCAGCUUGUGAGCAGGGUUUACGACUACCCGGCCCUUACGAUGACCAGGAUAUUUUCGGAUUGGAUCUUGAUAUGGAUUUUUUUCCAGCAGAAGGAGGGUUUGAAUAUUAUAACAAUAUGAAAAUCCUCAUCAACGGCGGAGGUAUCGCUGGUAAUGCUCUUGCCUUUUGGCUUUCCAAGUUGGGCCAUAUUGUGACCGUUGUGGAACGAUUCCCAACUCUGCGCGCGUCUGGCCUUCAAGUAGAUCUUCGUGGCCAUGGAAUCGAGGUCAUGAAACGUAUGGGAAUCGAACAAGCUUUUCGCUCUAAAAUAGUCCCAGAGCAGGGCAUACAAGUCGUCGACAAAUCGGGCAAGCAACGAGCUUUCUUCCCGGUCAACAAAUCUGGGAAAGGAUCCCAAAAUUUCACAACAGAGUACGAAAUCAUGAGAGGAGAAUUCUGUCGCAUUCUGUAUGACGCAAGUAAGACUCGAGUCAAAUACAUCUUCAACAAAGCAGUCGAGAGUUUCGAAGAGACGAAAAAUGAGGUCCAGGUCCGAUACACGGAUACAUGUGUCGAACAAUUUGAUCUUCUCGUCGGUGCAGACGGCCAGUACUCACACAUUCGCCGUCUGAUGCUGGGACUCAACAAACCAGACGCGAUCUACCCUCUCAAGGACCUUUACGUCGCUUACUUCACCUGCCCCUUAGAAAAGCAAGAAAACGAAGAGUACAUCGCCACAUCCUUCUUCGCUCCCGGCCGCCGCGGGAUUAUGACCCGAAGAAACAACCCACACGAACUCCAAGUCUACAUUGGCUGCACCACCGAGAUGGAAAAACUUGAAAACGCGCGUCGUGGAGAUGUGAAAGUGGAAAAGGAGGCUUUGGCAGAAAUCUUCGAAGGCGCCGGGUGGCGUACCAAAGAGCUUGUCGCUGCUAUGAUGGGCGCUGAUGACUUUUACUGUGAACGUAUGGGGCUUGUGAAGUUGGAUUCAUGGUCCAAAGGUCGCGUGGCCGUUGUUGGCGACGCAGCGUAUUGUCCGACUGCUAAUACUGGGAUGGGUACCACUUCUGCUAUGGUAGGAGCUUAUAUUUUGGCCGGGGAGAUUGGCAGACAUUGUGGUGAUCGGCGUACCACGGCUGGCGAUAACAUGAAGGAUUUACAAGCCGCCUUGAAGGGGUAUGAAGAGAAAUUCCGACCUUUCAUGGAUCAGGUCCAGAAGGGCGUGUCUGAGGGUAUGAAUUGGCCUUCAAAUGCGUUCAGCAUCGCCGUCAUGAAUGGUCUUCUUGGGGUUGCUUCGUUCUUCAAAGUCAAUAUGGGAAAGUGGAUGCUUAGGGAGGAUGUUAAGGGCUGGGACCUUCCUGAUUAUGUCGAAUUGAAAUAG